CUUCAACAUCGGAAUUGAUAGUCACGAUGGAUACAAAUAUCUUCUGCGUCCUCUGCGGUUGCCCUUUCGCGCUGGAACAUCAUGUCUACGGUAUUGACCCACACAAAAAUGAAUACCAGUGGCUGUAUGAUGCGCGUCUGCUUAGCGCCACUUCGGCUCUCCUCACCCUCAGAAUGACCACCCGCUCUGGCGAAAAACAUCGCAACUUCUCAGGCAACGAUGAGAUAUUCCUAUCCCAGCGGACAUGUUGGUCGAUCACAGAUGCCGACUGUUUCCAAUUGGAUGAAUCGUUCUACCACGUUCUUACAGUGGACGAAGCCGGAGACGCGAUGUUCCCUCUGCACCAAUCAUGUAUCACGAUUGCAUGCCGUGCUAUUGAGUCGCAUACUGCAGACUCUGCUAUCGAAGAAAGCGAUUCUAGUAUUAUACAACUUUACAAUUUCCUGAAUCGCAGUUUGCAAGCGAAUAGUGCCUCGGGAGCCACCGGUGUUGCAGCAUAUGAUAUCUUCUCGCUACGAAAUCCCAGCUCGAACGGUCCAAGGAGCGUCCUAGCUUUGGAUGAUCUGAGUUGGUGGAGUGGGGCCUACGAAAAAUUCUUUGCAGAUCCUCUGGAGAUUCCCAACCUUCUGCCAGCAAUUCUGAAUUCGCUGCAGCCACUGUCAUCAGAAACCGAUGAAGUUCAAUCAGCGGAUCUUACGAACGGUUCACAAUAUGGCCUGGAGGCUUUGCCUAUCGAGCUUUUGGAUCAGAUUGAGUCGCAACUCUCGGCCCGCUCCAUUCUGUCAUUGCGACAAUCUAGUCGAACGCUAGCAUCCAAGAUAGCGUUUGAUGAGCGCUUUUGGCGGCGACAGUUAUGUAAUGGCAGUCUUCUGCCUCAUAUCUGGGAUCUUGAAGAGGACCAGUUCAGACAUCUACUUCAAGCAGCAUCUCAUGCCCAAGCUUGGGACUGGGGUAAUCUCGCCGAGCGACUGAGGGUGAAUCAUGUCAUCUCUUCACAGUAUUAUCCUUAUACGGAGGUGUUUCCUGCUGGUCUCUGGAACAGAUGUCGAAUAUGGAACAUCAUCGGCAAUGCAUGUAGAUCGCCAUGCGGACACCAAGUAAGCGAAGAGUCUGAUGUGCAGCAGUCGGAUAUACAUCGAGGGAACUCCUAUCUGAAACCACUCGCAACUUUUGGGCUAUCAACCAUACUCAUCCUGACCUCCGCAUGGUGGGACUGGACACCAUUGGCGGGGUAG